CUUUAUUAACGUCUUUUCCUUUUCUUUCUUUUUUAUUACCCUUUUCUUUCUCAAGUUCAACACAACCAUGAACCACGAAAGCCAGCCACUUCUCGGGAGUUCGCGCGAUGACGAGCCUGCUCCCACAUUCUUCUCGUCGAUGAAGGUCUCCUUCACCAACUCAUGGUUCAAUGUUCUUUUGAUCUUUGUUCCCAUUGCUUUGGGCUUCUCAUUUGUUGGCGCCUCUGAUCCUGUUGUCUUCUCCCUUAACUUUAUUGCCAUUAUUCCUUUGGCAAAAAUGCUGGGCUUUGCCACCGAAGAACUUGCUUUGCGUACUGGCUCGACCAUCGGCUCGCUUCUUAACGCUACCUUUGGUAACGCUGUUGAACUUAUUCUUGGUAUCGUCGCUUUGAAGGAAGGACUUAUUCGCGUUGUUCAAGCUUCCAUACUCGGCUCUAUUCUGUCAAACAUCCUUUUGGUUCUCGGCUUCUGUUUCCUUUUGGGCGGUUUGACGCGCAGUGAACAGGAAUUCAGCAGCAUCGCUGCACAGACGUCAUCAUCGUUGCUUUCACUUACAGUCUUGUCCCUCUUGGUGCCUGCUGCUUUCGCUACUGUCGCUGGUGAUGGUAAGGAGGCUACUGAUGGCAUCCUGGCUUUGAGCCAGGGUACUUCGAUCGUCUUGUUGAUCGUCUACAUUCUGUACUUGAUCUUCCAGCUCAAGACCCAUACUCAAUUCUUCGAAGAUGAAGUUGAUGAGGAAGAGGUUCCUACUACCACCUUGGCUUUCUCUGCCGUUUUGUUGAUUGCCGUUGCCGGUUUUGUGUCACUGCAUGCCGAGUUCCUUGUCGGAGCCAUUGAAGGCGUUGUUGACCAGUGGGGUAUCAACGAGACCUUUGUCGGUAUUAUUCUCCUUCCUUUGGUCGGCAACGCUGCCGAACAUGUCAGCUCUGUCACCUUUGCCAUGAAGAACAAGAUGAACUUGUGUAUUGGUGUUGCUUUGUCGUCGUCGCUUCAAAUUGGUCUUUUGGUUUCCCCUGUUUUGGUUAUUGCCGGUUGGUUCAUUGGCCAGCCCAUGACCUUGUUCUUUGAGGACUUUGAGACCGUCAUCCUGUUUGCUAGUGUUUUGAUUGUCAACUACCUUAUUCAAGAUGCCCGCUCAAACUGGUUGGAAGGUGCCUUGCUUUUGGCUGCCUAUGCCAUCAUUGCCAUGGCUUUCUUCUUCCACCCCAUCAACUAAGUGUUGGUCUUCCAGAAUUUUUCCCUCUUCCUCUUCACGCUGUAGUUCUCUUAUACAACGCUGUACUAGUAAACGAACCUUUUUAUAUCAAAGAUGAUCAAGCUUUUUAUUUAUUGAAUAAAAGUAUCUAAAGGCGAUCCAUGCUGAGCCAUUGGAUCUUGAAAAAACU